AUGUCCCACCAAGCCAACGCCCAAACCCCCACCCAACCCUUCAGCAACAACCCCUACACCACAAAAUCCAAUUUCCAAGCCGCCUGCACAGCAAUCCUAAAUCCACUCCUCCCCCUCUUCACACCGGGCAACACGCGCAUAAAAAUAGGCACCUCGACAACGCGCUUCGACGAAGGCGGCGCCCAAAUAGAAGGCUUCGCACGACCACUCUGGGGCCUUGCCUCGCUUGUCGGCGGCGGCUAUGAUUAUAUCGAUGCAGAGCGCUGGCAGCGCGGGCUAAUAAAUGGGACGGACCCAGCACACGCGGAGUUCUGGGGCGACAUCGAAGACUCCGAUCAGCGCAUGGUCGAGAUGUGUCCGAUUGGGUUUGCGCUUGCUGUUGCGCCGCAUAUUUUUUGGGAGCCGUUGACCGUUGCGCAGAGGGCGAAUGUGGCCGCUUGGUUGAACAGUAUCAAUGCGCGUGAGAUGCCGAAUACGAACUGGCUGUGGUUCCGGGUCUUUGCCAAUCUUGGACUCAGGAAGAAUGGCGCUGAGUACUCGCUUGCUCGUAUCGAGGCUGAUAUGGAUCACUUGGAUACGUUCCAUGUUGGUGGUGGAUGGAGUAACGACGGACCGAAGAGUCACCACCAAAUGGAUUAUUACUCCGGUUCCUUCGCCAUUCAAUUCUUGCAACUUCUAUACUCGAAGUUAGCGGGGGACUUCGACCACGAGCGCGCUGAGCGAUACCGUCAGCGGGCGCGGGAAUUCGCGCAGGAUUUCGUGCACUACUUCGAUCCUAAUGGCAGCGCAAUCCCAUUCGGCCGUUCGAUGACCUACCGCUUCGCCAUGGCCGGAUUCUGGGGCGCUCUAGGCUUCGCCGACGUCGAGCUCCCAGCGCCCCUAACCUGGGGCGUAGUGAAGGGAAUUGUCCUGCGCCAUUUCAGAUGGUGGUCUACACAGAAGGAUAUCUUUAACAACGACGGCACGCUGAGUCUCGGCUACUCAUACGCCAACAUGUAUCUAACAGAGAACUACAACUCCCCCGGCUCACCGUACUGGUGCUGUCUCUCAUUCGUCCCGCUGGUGCUCCCAGAAACGCACCCCUUCUGGGCAGCACCAGAAGAGCCCUACCCAGUCUCCCUGUCGGAAGUAAUUGCCUUGAAAUACCCCAAGCAUAUCGCCGUCCGUCGAGGAGGGCACUCGUUCCUGCUUUCGUCCGGCCAGGCAUGCCACUACCCGCUGAAAGCUACGCAGGCGAAAUACGGCAAGUUCGCAUACAGUUCUGCGUUUGGGUACUCUGUUCCUACGGGUGGGUAUCAGCUGGAACAACAUGCCCCGGAUAGCAUGCUUGCGCUGUCAGAUGACGGGGGCGAUGUCUGGGCGACGAGAAGACUGGCGCUGAAUGCGCGCUUCGAGGAGCAGGAUGGCCAGCCUGUGCUCGUGUCUGGUUGGAAACCGUGGCCUGAUGUUGAAGUGGAAAGUAUCCUGGUGCCGCCGACGGAGGAAAAUGAGAAUUGGCAUCUGCGCGCGCACCACGUCCGGAACGGUCGUGCUUUGCGGACUUCUGAGGGCGCUUUUGCCAUCUACGGAUGUCGGAGCGAUAAUGGGCGGAUUCUUGGGCCUAUGACUGAAGGUGAGUCUGAAGGGACGAUGAUUGGGAGGUCGGGUGGGCUGGUUGUUUCGUCGGCUGGGGCUGUUGGGAUUGUUGAACUACACUCGGCUAUUGAACGAAGUGGGAGGAUUGUCUUGGCUGAUCCGAAUUCUAAUAUUAUUCAUGGACGUACGCUUUUGCCGUCACUUGCGGUGGAUUUGGAGGCUGGCCAGGAUUGUUGGUUUGUUUCAGCUGUUCUUGCUGUGCCGGAUCAUCGCAGGGAUUGGAAGGCUGCUUGGGAGAAACAGCCUGUUAUUCCAGAGUGGCUGAAGAAGAGAAUAGGUUGA